AUGUUCUACCUCCAGGCUGGUAUCUACGUCCUGACCCUCGUAGACUGGUAUGCGUCGGUGCCCCCUGUGAUGCUGUUCGGGGUGGUGGAGUGUCUGGUGCUGGCCUGGGUGUUUGGUGUAUGGAGACUGGACAAGUGUACGGUGGAGAUGUACGGACAGACCAUUCCAAGAUGGCUGACCUUCCUCAUGAAGUACAUCACACCUGGACUUCUCAUGAUUAUAUUUGUGUACGCCUUCUACGAAUACCGGCCUCCAAAAUACGGCACUUACUUCUAUCCUGAGUGGGCAACAGUGAUUGGCUGGCUUAUAUCUGUCUUCAUGAUUGUGCCGACGCCUUGUUGGAUGGUUUACUGUGUAUGGAAGUCCAGCGGGGACACAUUCAAAGAGAAACUGGUGAACGCAUUCAUUCCGCAAGAUAUAUCGUUGGAUGUAUCACUAGACGACAGAUGUGAAGAACAAGAAACCCUCAACGUUGUCAUGUAA